AUGGCAGGGGUCGUGGGAAAUGGAGCUCAAGUGUCCUACAUUAGUCAAGAUUGCAAAGAAAUUCCAGAAUUUCUAGGAAGAAAAUAUGGAGGUAUUGCAAAAAGGCUAGACCUCAGUUUCAACUUGUUAAGGUCACUAGAAGGACUAAAAACAUUCAGUUGCCUGGAAGAGUUGAUCUUGGACAACAAUCUCCUCGGAAAUGACCUUCGGUUACCCAGGUUACCUCACCUCCAUACCUUAACGCUCAACAAGAACCAAAUAACAGAUUUAGAAAGCCUGCUGGAUCACUUGGCUGAUGUGGUUCCCUCCUUGGAAUACCUCAGUUUACUAGGAAACAUGGCUUGCCCAAAUGAACUGGUCAGCAAGGACAAGGAUGAGGAUGACUACCAGAGGUACAGGUAUUUUGUUCUGCACAAAUUGACCAACCUGAAAUUUCUUGAUACUCGGAAAGUAACCAAAUGGGAGCGUGAGGAAGCCUUGUUACGAGGUGCCUUCAUGAAAGUGGUAAAGCCCAUGGAUGCUAAGGCCUCCUCCAGUGACGCUGCCUCAGUCUCCCCCGAGACACACUAUACGCCGCUGCCUUCAGGAUCCAGGGAUCUCACCAAUCACAGAGGUGUUCUGGGAAAAUGUCGCUACAUUUAUUAUGGGAAACAUUCGGAAGGCAACAGAUUCAUUCGAGAUGACCAGCUAUAA